CAUUUCAUAACUGCACUGUUUCGGUGGCAGACAAGAAGAAACUGUACUGUGUGUGCCUAUUAUUCUACCGAUGCGGACGGAAUUUUUUUCGUUGCGAGGAAUAUUAAACGAUCGUGAAAAUUGCGUGAAAGUUUCCAAAGUAGUGCUGGAUCAAUGGGUCCAGGUGUGAUAUCGAUUACUGUGCUGUGAUUCAUGCGGUCCAUCAUGAGCUGCAUCCGAUUCUUCCAUCGCUGAGACCGAUUACUCUGAGAGAGUGAUUUUGCUUCCGGGUGCCAGUCGAGCAAGCAAUUGGGAGGAUCAAAACACACUUCGGCACCCUGCUUCGUUUGUUCCCUGGUACACGAACAAAUAAUCCUCCGAAACGAAGCAGUUUUCCUAAUUAGAUUUCACGACCAGGAUUUUCGCGCAUAUUCACACGAAAGAAAACAUGAACUCGAAGCCACCGUCGCCGACGAAUGGAGCGGGAAGUGGACAACCGUUCGUUCCGUACGAUAUCGAUUGGAUAUUCCCACAGUUGAGGAAACCUUCACGGCUAUGGCGGAUUGCGAGCACAGGAGUUAUUGGAUUGGUCGGAUUCGUUUCCAAAAUCGUAAUUGUGUGGCUGAACAAGGCACGCGUCCACAACAUUGAGGUACUGGAGAAUGCACUGGAAAAUCGUCCGAAGGGGAUCCCGCUGCUGACGGUGUCCAAUCAUCACUCGUGCUUCGAUGAUCCCGGCAUGUGGGGACUGCUGAAAUUUCGUCUGCUGAAGUUGAGACAUGUGUGCAACAAAAACGUGAUCCGGUGGUCGAUGGCAGCUCAUGAUAUCUGUUUCACCAACAAAUAUCAUUCGCUUUUCUUCAUGUACGGCAAGUGCAUUCCGGUCGUCAGGGGCGCCGGUGUGUAUCAGCCUGCCGUGGAUUUGUGCAUAGAGAAGCUGAAGCUGGGCCACUGGGUGCACGUCUUUCCCGAGGGUAAAGUAAACAUGACCAAGGAAGAUCUCAGAUUCAAGUGGGGCGUUGGACGAAUCAUCUAUGAGUCCCCAGUGCUGCCAAUUAUCGUUCCCAUUUGGCACAUAGGAAUGGAUGAAGUGCUGCCAAAUGAACCGCCCUACUAUCUGCGAAUGGGAAAGAAACUGACGUACAACUUCGGUAAACCAAUCGAUUUGAACGAUGUGAUGGCACAUCUGAAGGAGGCCCCGGUCACGGAGGAGUAUGCUAGGAAAAUCAUCACCGACAGAAUACAGGAGGAGAUGAUGGUACUGAAAGAGGAAACGGAAAGAUUACACUUCGACCACGAGAAAAGCUGAGCCAGGCUAAAAUGGUUUCCCUGGUGGUUCGCCCGGAACAGACCUAAACUGUAGGAAGAAAACCACACAUACACUGUCGCUUCGAAGUCGCAGUUCGCUAGUUCAUCUAGAGUUAAUCAGUCCGGUCCGAGUAUUGUAGAAUAGUUGAAUUGAUUAUCUCUAAAUUUACAUUCUGCUCUUCGUGCUGGUAGCAUGCCGAAGCUAGGAGCGACAGUAUAUCACAACAUAGCUGAUAGUUGUUAGUGAAACUAUUGAUUAACUAUUGUAAUUCCAUCAGAAGACUUAUAGCUACACUCUGUCAUUCGUAUGUCCUUUCAUCGCUUCAUCCAACCCAGACUCUGGCCGUCUGGAAAUUUUGCCAUAACAUUACUAAUAACGCUAGCGAAUGAUCGGUGCAUUUUCCCUCUUAAGUAGCUCCAUUCGACAAAUGCUGUAAGUUCACAUUGAGCGUUGACUUUUAAUUUGUUUUAUAGACAUCGGUCGUUUCUAGUCAGCGUAGGAUUCGAACGGUAAACGAAGAUUUGAUACUAAUCAUAACACAACGUUGUUUGGAUGCGAGAUUCCAGAUAGAUAGACCAUGCGAAAGCGAAAAGUGUGUACAUUAAGAAGAGGCUCUAAACUAAAUAUAAUGAUUUUAACCGUUACCACCCAACCUGAUUUUACAUUACAUGUUCCAAGGUUUUCGUAGCGAUAGUUGCAAUAAUGAACAAAUUUAUAAAUAAAUAAUGGCAGAAAAGAA